AUGAAUCAAUUGAUCUAUGAUCGAUCAACGGGCAACCUUGGCCCAAAUGCCUUUGCGCGCAUCCAAACCAGUCGAUUAAUUCAUGCGAUUUCACCAGCUUCGAAGCUACAAUUCAAUGGUGGCGAAGAAUCUCCAACUGUAGCCACAGAUGCAGAAGCUCGAGAAUAUGAGGCAGUGAAGUUAUGGGCGCACCAAACUGGAGUGAACGCACUAUCGAUAGAUAGAUUCGAAGGAAAGAUUCUUCUUUCUGGGGGAGCAGAUGCAUCGAUCAAAAUUUGGGAUCUUGAUCAAAUCCCCACCGGGGCUUCAGAAUAUACAUUCCGACCAACCGGAAUAGUCCCUAGAAAUGCUUCCGCGCACAAGUAUGGCAUUACACAUCUUAGUUUCUAUACUUUCGAUUCUGCCGCUUUUCUCUCUUCAUCAUACGAUCAUCAUCUCAAACUAUACUCCACAGAGUCUCUCCAGGUCUCUGCAGACUUCGAUUUAAACUCUAUCGUCUAUUCGCAUGCCGUAUCUCCCAUUGCACAACAUCUUUUGGUGGCUUGCGCGACUCAACACCCAGCUGUCAGACUCGUUGAUCUUCGGUCAGGCGCAAGUACACAUUCAUUAGCCGGGCAUCAUAGGGCUAUACUUUCUGUCGCUUGGCAUCCGAAUAUUGAUCAUAUAUUAGCUAGUGGGUGUGUCGAUGGUACCGUUCGUCUUUGGGAUAUACGUAAGAGUUCCGGAGCAGUGGGCUUGCUGGACUUGGAAGAUGCAAUUGGGGUUACGAUUACACAUGGCAUGGCAGGUGGUCGAUCAAGAGUUUCAGCUAAAGCACAUUCAGGCGCUGUUAAUGGUCUAACCUGGACGGAUAAUGGAAAUUAUAUCAUAUCUGCAGCGCAUGAUGAAAGAAUUCGUGUCUGGGAUGCAGCUACGGGUGGAAAUACCCUUGCAAGCUUCGGGCCAACAAUAAAGAAUGGACAUCUUUCAAGUCUACCUCUAGUAGUAUCACCUACGGCAUUAACGCCUCCCAUGAAAGAACUCCUAUUCUUCCCCAAUGAAAAAGAAAUUCUCGUUUUCGAACUCCACGAAGGCCGCCUUCUCAAACGGUUGAAAGUUCCUGGUCCCACUGUAGCAGCAGUGCGAUCUCGAACUGGUGAAAGAAAUAUCAGAAAUCGUAUUACAGCAUUGGCUUGGAGAGAACCAGUCGAUGGUAUAUACUCCGCUCAUUCUGAUGGACUGAUUAGAGCUUGGAUACCUAGAACUGAAGAAGAUGUAGAGUUAGAUCGUGAGGAAGAGGAGGAAGGUGAAACUCGGCAUGAGAAUGAAGGGGGCAAGAGGAAGAGGAAUGUUCUGGAUGAUGUUUUUAGAGAUUUGACGAGACAGAAAAUAAGUUUUGGUUAA